GAUCCUAAUGUCAAGGCCCCCUACUCUAUUGAUCCAAGUCCAAUCUCUGAGAAUUUCAUAACAAGUGUAGUGGGAGAACAAAUGUGCAUUGCAGCAACAGUGUUACAGGAACUUGAAAAUGUGAUUCUGCAGCUCGACAUUAAAACAAGACUCUGUAUUCGAGAUGCGUUGUAUCGUCUUGCCAACAGAGCAAAAGAACAGCAUAAUACGAAUCUGUGUCAAACUGGAAGCUUCAAAGACCUGCCCUCUUGUUCAGAAUUUUCUUGUGGAAGUUCAAGGCAGGAACUAUCAGAAAACCUUGAACCAAUGACCAAUAAGAUAGACAGAGCCGUUGCAGCUCUCAUGUUUGACAGGCCAGAUUAUAAGCUCUCAUUUUUAAAGAACAAACAAACCGGAGCAGCAUCUGGAUAAUGAUUUUAUGUAAAGAUGAAGAAAUAAUCUUACUGGAAUGCAUGUAAUUUUGUUGAUGGAGACUGCGGCUGUUGUUUGGCAAUUUGAUCACUGCAGCUGAAUCAGUGGGAGUUGAAUGAACUUUUUCAAAUAUGAAGCGGAAGAAUGGUACUAAAAUCAACGGCACAGUAUGAAUUGUAAAACUUGUUCUGGUAUUUCCAUUAUCAUUUUAUUUGUGAAAAUAGCUGUUUUGGGUUUGUUUGAGUUGCUAUGAUACCAUAUGUUACAUUGCAACAGAUACUAAUAUCCAUAAUGUUUAGUUGGAGUUGUUGAGUGUAUUGUAAUUAGUGUGGCCAAACAUUUUUGAUUAUGAUUCGUAAUGAAAUGAAACAGUUUUAA